AUGGCGCAGUGCACACGCUUGAUCCUGCCGAGUGGAGACAUCAACUGGAACUGCCCGUGCUUGGGCGGCAUGGCCAGCGGACCAUGCGGCUCUCAGUUCAAAGAGGCGUUCUCCUGCUUCCACUACAGUACGGAAGAGGUGAAGGGCUCCGAGUGCAUUGACAACUUCCGCAACAUGCAAGAAUGCAUGCAGAGGUACCCUGAGCUCUAUCCUCAGGAGGAAGAUAAAGAGAGUUCCACCCAAGCAGAGUCUGACACCGGCCCAGCCUCUGCUGCCCAGACCGAGGGCUCCUCCUUGUCCCCUGAAACUGACGCUACACCAUCCACUUCAGAUCCCUCAGCUGACAGCGUGUCACCUACAGACAUCCAGACUGCCAGCUAAGGUCAAUCAUUCGUCAUUCACAGCUCUGUGUGCAAGCACUGCCCAGCAUAAAUGACUCUCCACGAGGAGCCGUGAUUGGUCUGUUCACCUGUUUCAGCCUAAGGAGAAGGCUAUGACCGACACAGCUCUAACACCCGAAGGCAGUUUUUACAAAGGCCAUCAGAGAAGGACUUUGUGUGUGCAGAAAAACCAUAGCAUAUGUACAAAAGUAUAGGCUGCUUUUAUUUGCUGAGAACUCAAUCAUUGGAUGGCAUCAUUUAAUGUCUGCGGGCCAAGCUAUUUGCUGCAGAGACCCUAGCUCAAAGACUCACCUUUAUAUGCAAUAGAUACAUGUGUUUGAUUUGCUGUGUUUUCUCAUGUUAAUCAAGAGUUAUUCAUUAUGUUUGUCAGGAUUAUCUAUUAGCACUGAUUUAUCACCUGUUAAUCUGAGCAGUAGAUCUAUUUGAGCAAUGUUGAUGUUUUUUUUUAAGAAUUUACCUCAAAUUAAGAUAGUUUUUAGUUAAACAUUUGAAAACUUUUGCUUUCCAUCACUUGAGAGACCAAAACACAGAUGAUCUAUACGGAAACAAGGCUACUGUUCCAGCUUCUGUGCAGUGAACAUUAUACUAAUAUAGACACAGAAGUUUUGUCAAGAUCUACAUCUGCAUCUAUUGCCGCGUGAGCGAUGUUUGUCAUUUCUGUUAACAAACGCUGUAUCUGGCCCAGACCAUAGUGGUUUGUUGUGUUCAACUGUUGCUGCAUAAAUCUUUUCCUUGUCUCACCACUGUCCAGAGUCUCCACUUUGAAUGCUGUGGUCACCAUUCAGUGUCACUCAGGCCUUAAAGGACUUCAUGGUAUUUAUAAAACACGUCCAAAUUAAAAAUGAUCGUCAAACAA